AUGCUUCAUUUAAAAUGUCUUCUCUUUGGAAUUAUUCUCUUAUCAUCCUUUGGUUCAGCUUUUGCUGAGGAUUAUGAUCCUAAACAAGACGUUUUCGACCUAAUAAUUAGUACGCUUGUUCCUACGCUUAUAAUUUUUUUAUAUGACACGAAAGAAACAAAAGAUGAAAAAAAAUCAGAAGCUAAUAGAGAGUCAGAAAGUGAAUUAGAAGCAAACAAUAAAAGUAGACAAAAACUACCCAUACUCAAUAAAAUUAGACAAGGACUAUCCCAUGUUAAAAUUAAACGAGCUUUCGAUGACUUUCUUUUUUUAUUAUCCCUUUUUGUAUUGCCAUGUAUAGUGCUUUAUAAACAUCAUAAGGAAUUCGCAAUACCCAUCUGGAUUCCAAUCCUUUUUGGAGUUACAGCUGGCUUUGUUUUCUUUACAAUCAUAAGCCAUUAUAUUAUUAGCUAUAGCGACAUAGUAUUAAAUGAUUGGGGAAUAGAACUUGGACUUUUAGGUCUUUUUAUUGAUUUUAGUCAUGUUAUUUCUGACAUUUGUUUCAUAUUUUAUACCAAAAGUAUCUCUGAGAAUAAUUUCACGUAUGUUUUCAUCUAUUUACAUGCAGUAACCGGAAUCUUGGGAUCAGUUUUACUGCUUCCUUACAUAUGUUUGGGCAUAUUAUUUAUUUUAAGAAAGAUAUUAGACCUUUUUUCUAGUAAAUUCGAACCUAAUCUUGAUCUUUUUUUUUAUCUUUUGGUUAGAGUAGAACCUAUUUUAAGGAAAUUAGAUAUAACAUUAACUUUCAUUUGGACACCAAUAGUCCAAAUGUUAAACAUGUCGCUCUUUUCUGGUAAUGACUAUUAUUGGAUGAAAUUAAUAUUGGCAUUAAACCUGAUUUACUUCUCAAGAGUUAUAAAUUAUGCUGAAAAAAACGUCCAAAUAUCGAUAGUUGAUAAUGUACCAUUCGGUAUGCUAUAUAUUGUCUUUUAUGUCCUUCGCAACUAUAAAUGGCCGGAGAACUGUUGA